AUGCGGUUACUAUCGCUUCUCACUUGCUUUGUCGCCUUUCUGGCGCCGCUAGCCUCCGCCGUGCAGCUCCUUGAAUCCAAUGCACUCAGUGUAUGCAUGGAAAGUAGCAACUUCACGGCCACGUAUUUCAGCGUUGUCUUCUAUCCAGGGAACAAUUCUCUUUUGGUCGGCUUCGAUGGCGUCUCAUACAUCGAAGGUAAGGUUGUCGCAGAGAUAACCCUUACCGCGUAUGGCUUUGAGGCGUACAAGAACACCCUUAACCCUUGUUCGAUUUCCGGCAUGGGUAUGUGCCCCAUGUCCGCUGGACCCAUGGAUUUGGGACCACUUUCUCUCGACCUGCCAGCUGGUACUUCAGCCAAGAUUCCUGGUAUUGCCUACACUGUGCCCGAUCUUGAUGCAAAUGUGCGGAUUGCCAUCAGGACCCUCGACACUAAUGAAAAAAUUGCUUGUGUCGAGGCCUCGCUUUCUAAUGGCAAGACCGUUAACCAGGCCGGGGUCGGGUGGACAACCGCUGUCAUCUCCGGAUUGGGUCUUGCUGCAUCCGCUAUCACCUCCGGACUAGGUCAUUCUAACACCGCGGCUCAUGUCGCGGCAAAUGCGCUCUCCCUUUUCGGAUUUAUGCAGUCGCAAGCAAUGAUUGGCAUGACCUCAGUUCAUAUGCCCCCGAUCGUGGAAGCUUGGACCCAGAACUUCCAAUGGAGUAUGGGUAUUAUCCCCGUGGAUUUCAUUCAAACGAUCGCUACCUGGUAUCAGCGGGCAACUGGUGGAACUCCAUCGACAACCCUGUCAGAGCUUGCUGAUACUUCUGUGGAAGUCCUCAAGCGCCGCAAACGUGACUUUGCUGACCCGGCAAUGAACCUUUUGAAGAGAGCCACGAGACCAAUGAUGGUUAAGCGAGCAACUGGCAUGAGCAAAAAAUCACCCGACACAAGCCAGAAACUUCUUGUUGCCCGAGGAAUUGAUCGGGUUGGAUUCCGUGCCGACAUUGAGGAAACCAAUGUCUUCCUCACAGGUCUCAUCUUCUUCGCGGUCUUUACCUGUAUUGUCGUCAUAAUCGUUACAAUCUUCAAGGGAAUUACUGAGCUAUUUGUCAGAAGUGGCCUAAUGAAGAGCGAGCGGUUUCAGGACUUCCGUAAUGGAUGGAAGAUAGUUUUGCGUGGGAUCUUGUUCCGACUGACUCUCAUCGGGUUGCCCCAAAUGUCUGUUCUUUGCCUCUGGGAGUUCACUCAGCGUGACUCGCCCGCUGAGGUUGUCUUGGCAGUGGUCAUGCUUCUUUCGAUGCUCAUCUCUCUUGGGUGGGCCUCGCAGAAAGUAAUUCGGCUGGCAAAGCGUUCAGUGACCAUGCACAAGAACCCGGCAUACAUUCUUUACUCUGACCCAUCCUGUCUGAACAAGUGGGGGUUUUUGUAUGUGCAGUACCGAGCAACGGCAUACUAUUUUGUCGUUCCACUUCUCAUCUACACCUUGAUCAAGGGUAUGUUCAUCGGUCUGAGCCAGCCUACACCAGUCGUCCAAACAGUGGCCUUGGUGAUCCUUGAGCUAUCCAUGCUGCUUGCUGCCUGUAUCCUCCGCCCUUGGAUGGAUAAGAAGACUAACGUCUUCAACAUCUCUAUUGCUGUGAUCAAUUUCAUCAACUCCAUCUUCCUGCUCGUUUUCUCGGAUGUGUUCGACCCUCCCGGAUUGAUGAUCGGUGUCAUGGGUGUCGUCUUCUUUGUUUACAAUGCCGUGUUUGCUUUGGUUCUUUUGAUUAUGGUUCUGAUCGCCUCACUUUAUGCCGUUGUGUCCAAGAAUCCCGACACUCGUUACCAGCCCAUGCGCGACGAUCGUGGCUCGUUCAUCAAGUCCCAACCCCAGCUGACUACUGAAUUGGAUGCCUUGGGUGCUACAGCGCGUGGGGAUAUGAAGCCGGGGCAAUACAACCACAACAACCCGUUCGACGAUGAUGAUACCGCUUCUUUCUCCAGUGGAAACGGUGCUACCGUUGGCCGCCAAAUGGAAUCAACCUAUCCACCGAACGGUUCUGCCACCCAAGCGCCUCGGUCACCUGUUGACCCAUCUGUGCCGCUGUUCCCCAGCAACGCAGGUAAUCACAAUCCUCCCCCUGGAUACGACCAGUUCGGUCGGGCCCCUUCGCCCGCCGGAAGGAGCUUUGACAACACCUCCCCUGUGGGCCAAUCUGCUUUGUCGACAACUCAUCAAGCCCAAAAUAGUGUCAGCCCUUGGCAAAGGGGUGCUGGCUACGACCAUUAA